GGGGGAAAAACCUCAAUCACAGUUCUCCGCUCACUGUCUUCUUCCAAUCUCCUCUCUUGCUCUUAUUGAUGCCCUAGGAAUUUGAUAAAGAAAAUAUUCGGUGAACGAUGAAGAUCAAGACGCCAUUGAAGCAGCUCAAGCUCUCUGUGCCUGUUCAAGAAACUACCAUCCGUUCUUUCCUGACUGCGAGUGGAACAUUUCACGACGGCAAUCUGCUACUGAACCAGAAAGGAUUGCGGCUUAUAUCUGAAGAGAAAGAAGCAGAGAUUUCAGAUUGUAAGGAACUUGAUGUCGAUUUCUCAUUGGAAGAUCUUGAGACUGUGAAUGUUAUCGGGAAAGGAAGUGGUGGUGUAGUGCAACUUGUUCGACACAAAUGGGUUGGAAAACUUUUCGCCUUAAAGGUGAUCCAGAUGAACAUACAAGAGGAUAUCCGUAAGCAGAUCGUGCAGGAACUGAAAAUAAAUCAAGCAGCCCAAUGUCCACAUAUAGUGGUUUGUUACCAUUCUUUCUACCAUAAUGGUGCAAUUUCUCUGGUGCUAGAAUACAUGGAUCGUGGUUCUUUAGCCGACAUAGUCAGACAAGUCCGAACAAUUCUGGAACCAUAUCUUGCAGUUGUUUGUAAACAGGUUCUACAAGGUCUUGUUUAUUUGCAUCAUGAGAGACAUGUUAUACAUAGAGACAUCAAGCCAUCCAAUCUACUUGUGAACCAUAAAGGGGAGGUUAAAAUCACUGAUUUUGGAGUAAGUGCAAUGCUAGCUAGUUCUAUGGGUCAGAGAGAUACAUUUGUGGGAACUUACAAUUACAUGUCGCCUGAGCGAAUUAGCGGCGGAACAUAUGACUACAGCAGUGAUAUAUGGAGCUUGGGCAUGGUGGUACUUGAAUGUGCCAUUGGAAGGUUUCCUUAUUUGCAGUCUGAAGAGCAGCAAAGUUGGCCAAGCUUUUAUGAACUGCUUGAGGCAAUUGUAGCGAAGCCGCCGCCUUCUGCUCCACCGGAUCAAUUCUCCCCCGAGUUCUGUACCUUCGUAUCCUCAUGCAUUAAAAAGGACCCUAAAGAAAGAUCAGCAUCAUUAGAUCUUCUGAAUCAUCCUUUCAUCAAGAAAUUCGAAGAUAAAGACAUCGAUCUCGGGAUUCUCGUAGGCAGCUUGGAUCCUCCUGUAAGUUUUCCCAGAUAAUAAUCAUAAUGUUCACUGUAAUAUUUUAGAAAAAUUUACAAUCCGUUUACUUUGUGCAAUAUGGACUUUCCCUCGUGUAUGAAUUCAUAGUAGAUAAAGGAAUACAUUUCCAU